AUGUUGACCAAAGUUCUCCUGAUCCUCCUGGGCUUUCCCAUAAUCCUGCCGUCUAGGAUUGAAGAAACUCAUGUUGAAUCAGAGAUGGGACCAUGUGCUCAUCAUGAUGAUGUCUAUGGCCCGAAGCCCCAGGAUCCCAAAAAGAAACUCCCCUCUGAAGAAGUAAAGCCCACUGCUAUUGAUACCAACCGUGACCUUGGAAAACUGCCAGCAGCCACUGAAAUCCUGGACAGUAUCCUGAAUAACUCUGAUUACAAACUGCGCCCUGGCAUUGGUGAGAAACCCACUGUGGUCACUGUUGAGCUCUCUGUCAACACCCUUGGUCCUAUUUCUAUCCCAGACAUGGAGUACUCCAUUGACAUCACCUUGUACCAGACCUGGUAUGAUGAACGCCUCCGUUACAAUGGCAGCUUUGAGAGCUUUGUUCUGAAUGCCAACAUGAUGAGCCAGUUAUGGAUCCCAGACACCUUUUUUAGGAAUUCUAAGGAGAUCCGUGUAUAUUCGGUCACUGUGCACAGCCAGGUGGUCCGCAUCCACAGGGAUGGCAAAGUGUUGUACACAGAUAGGAUGACCAUUGAUGCUGGAUGUUCAUUCCACAUGUUCAAAUUUCCAAUGGAUUCUCACUCUUGCCCUCUAUCUUUUUCUAGCUCUUCCUAUCCUGAGAAUGAGAUAAUGUACAAGUGGAAAGAUUUCAAGCUUGACAUCAAUGAGAAUAAUUCCUGGAAGCUCUUCCAGUUUGAUUUUACAGGAGUGAGCAAUGAGACCAAAAUUAUCUCAACUAUGGCCGGUGAUUUCAUGGUCAUCACACUUUUCUUCAAUGUAAGCAGGCGAUUUGGCUUUAAUGCUGUUCAAAACUAUGUCCCUUCUUCUAUGACCACGAUCAUGUCCUGGAUUUCCUUUUGGAUCAAGAAAGAAUCUGCUCCAGCCAGGACCUCUUUAGGCAUCACCUCUGUACUCACCAUAACCACAUUGGGCUCCUGUACCCAGAAGAAUUUCCCACGUGAAUCCUAUAUGACAGCCUUGGAUGUCUACAUUGCUAUUUGCUUCCUCUUUUGCUUGUGUGCUCUGGUGGAGUUUGCUGUGCUUAACUUCCUGAUCCACAACCACACGAAACCCCGUGCUUCUCCGAGACUUCGCUAUCCUCCUACCCGUGCCCGUGACCUUACCCCAACCCGUACCCAUGCCAAACAACAGCAGCAGGAAGAUAUUUUUAUGCAUGACUUCGAGGAAUCUGGUGAGGAGAGUGAUGAAGAAGAUGGCCCAUCUUGCCCAGCUCAGCAGUCCCUCAACCCGAGUCUCACCCAGCGCCGUCGCAGCUGCUGCAGGAUCUGCAAGUACUUGUGCGUGGUCCGCAGUUGUGAUGGCAGUUUUUGGCAGCAGGGCCGCCUCUUCAUCCACAUUUACCGCCUGGAUAACUACUCACAAGUUAUUUUCCCAGUGACCUUCAUCUUUUUCAAUGUGCUCUACUGGGUUAUUUGCUUUAACCUGUAG